CAUCAUCAACAACAGUUCAGCCGAAUUCCUAGGGGUAAUUCCGCUUAGCCGGCCUCAGUCCGUUGUAAGACGAAACUCUUCUUUAACUUUGAGCUUCCUCGAUGACCUUUGGGAGAGACGCACCAAUGAUACCGCUCGUCGGGUGUUAUCCACGUGACUCCUCGUGAGAUGCGAGAUAAGCUCAAAACCGCUGGCAUUGGGUUCCCCCGGGAAACAGAAUCCCGGACGUCUGUCGUGGCAGGUGCAUAGAAAUGGUGCGCGGACUCGUGUUGUAAGAUGUGACCAUGCUCAUUAUAUUAUAUUCUGGCCCUUAACGCUCUGUCUACGUAUAACUUCGUCUCGACCAACUAUGCAGAAAGUCGUUCUUAUCACUGGAUGCAGCGAUGGCUCAGCAGGUGCCGCCCUCGCGAGACAGUUCCAGCUCCGCGGAUGUCACGUCUUCGCAGCCGCCCGCAAACUCGAGAAGAUGCAGAGAUUGGCUGACCUCGGCAUCUGCACCCUCGCCAUGGAUGUCUUGUCUAAGGAACAGAUCAACGCCGCCGUUGAUAUCGUUCGUGACGCCGCAGGAGGAAAGCUCGAUGUUCUCAUCAACAACGCAGCGGGCUUCAACCUUAUGACAUUGGCUGACCAGAACCUAGAGGAUGCUAGGGCUAUGUUUGACGUCAAUGUUUUUGGUCUCUUGGCCGUGACCCAGGCUUUCCUGCCUCUUCUGGUAGCCGCAGGAGGCAACGCCGUCAUUGCAAAUGUCAGCAGUAUCUCAGUCGUUGCAGAGCCUGCCUUCCAGGGCAUCUACGCGGCUACAAAGGCCGCCGUCUUUACCAUGAGCGGCGUCAUGCGCAAGGAAUUUUCACCGUUCGGAGUCAAGGUUGUGACAAUCAUGUCGGGGGGUGUCAAUACAAAUUUCAUGGAGAACAAGCCGUGGAAGGUACCGAAGGAAAGUUGGUAUUUUGAGUUGGCUGGGGAUGUUGAAGGAAAGAAAUCGACUGAUGGAACCGGUUCGAUGAAGCCUGAUGAAUAUGCGAAGCGAGUGGUGGGUGACCUUCUUUGUUCCAAUCCUGGGCCCGUGAUAUUCCGAGGUAAGUUCGCAACGGCUGUGUGGAUAUUAACCUGGCUGGGCUGGUAUGGUAUGCUGGAUUCGACGGAAAUCAAGAACACGAAACUGGACAUCUUGAGGCCUAGAUCGUGAUAGCUAGAUUGUUGAAUGCCAAAUAUGUGCGAAUUGAGUGGAGUGGUGUCUUGUAGUGGACGCCGUCAUGUUGGAAAUUGGCGUCUAUUUUUGAGCAUAGUGACAAAACACCUGGGGUUAGCUUGAACAAUCACAAGAUCUCCCAAUUCAAUCACAUCGAUCGGUCACUG